UUCAUUCAAUGUCGGACUUGCCCUAUGUGAAUUCAUACAACAUACCCACUAAAGGUCUAUUGAUUACAGUGUGCCUACAACUAUAAUAGACACAGUCAGUUAAUCUCAGCAGAGAUGGAAGCAAUAUCAGCGUACAGUCUUGCAACCUGUGCCUGGCUGGGUGCGCAGGCUGUCCCCAUGCUCCUCACUCCGGGCUUCAUCAAUUCCAUGCUGGUCGAGGGCUACCAACCAGCCAGCUCAGUCGAGAUCUACACCAUCCGCCACCUCGGCCUAGCCCAGCUGGCGCUGAGCCUCCUCUCCCUGGCCCUGUCGGGCGUCCUCCCCCUCGCGCCCGCAGCCUCUGCCGAAGACUCCAUCUCGCCCUACGCCGACGCCGCGGUUCUCCUUACGGCGCUGUACCACGCCGCCAACGCGUUCCACAGCUGGGCGCGGUGGGGCGCGACGGACGGCUCCGCGGCCUACGGCCUCGGGUUCGUGGGCAGCGGCGUCCUGGCCGCAUUUGGCCUUUGGUGUCUAAUGUUUGCGGGCGACAAGGGCAGGAUCAGCAAGAGGACUGGCGCGGACAAGAGGACGAGUGGGUUUCCCUUUCGGAACGUCGAAGCUGAUGAGAGAAAGGCGAGGUGAUGUUAUUGGGCUCAAUUUCGGUAGGGAUAGGGGACGCAUUGGGGGUGACUUUUGGAAUCACAGUGAUCCUUCUGCGCUCCUUUGGCGGACUGGAUGCUUAGGUCGUCUAGAUAUCUUGCUCGUCUAUCAAAAGCAGACGCGCUCAGGUUUCUGGGUAGAGUUUCAAGGGAUUGAAUGCAGUGUUGCCAUUUCCAUAGUUCGUAGUAUAAGGGCCAUCAUUUAUGGCGAAUAUUUACUCACAAUAUUGCAAGGCCUCC